CAACAGGAGUUAUUGUGUCGUGGUGAGACUAUUUCAGCUUAAUUAGAAGUCUCGAAUUUAAGCCUAUGGUAUAGAGAAAAUUUUGUUGAUAGUAGCACUCCUGAAUAAACUUUGCACUGCCCGAACCAAAUCCAGAUUAAGCUCGAAUUCCAGAUUCUCAGUGGCCAUGUACUCCUUGGUUGUUUUCUCAAAGGAACUGCUGCCACACAAACCACUUUCAAAAGUUCAUCUGCAUCAAAGGGAUUGUUUUCUUCAACUUUUGGCAGGUAGAGACUCCAACUCAUCUCUUCCCACCCCCCAACCCAGAAAUAAAAUUAAUCCUCUAAAUCUCCGUUGUGUAUAAAACGGAGCAGAGAGAGUACUAAGAAUAACAAAUGAGGGAGUGCACGUGUAAUAUCACGAAAAGAGUGGUUCAGUGAGGGGUGGGAAAGAAACUCAAAACUCAAAACACGAAUCACCUCAAAAGCUUAGAAACCUGUCAGGGCCUCGAGCAUUAGUUAGCCUUGUGAAACAAGAUAGAGAACAAAACACCAAGAAAUAGAACUUUCUCCAAAAUCUCAGACACACAUGAAACCCGACCCCAGAUAGCAGCAAAACCCCACCUCGUUUCUCUUCCCCACCUCGUUUCCUCAUCAAAUCACCACUGUUCCACCACCCAAAGCCACUGGAAACAACCUCCGAAAAUGCCAUGAAACCCGACCCCAGAUAGCAGCAAGCUUACGAGCUCGAAACCAACAGCUUCAACGCUACUAGACAAAAACAAUCAGCUACUAGCAGCUUCGAGCUCCGGCGCACUCGCAAAGAGGCAGACCCAUAUCGCUUCCUUUCCUUCUUCUCGUAUGAGGUAGCUGGGAAUUGACAUAGCAAAUUUAUGGUCUCUGAAGCACUGCAACAGUUUUUCAUGGCUACCAAACUUGCAUGUUCAUCAUCUCUGCCAUGGAUUUGGGUGAUUGAAGCACUGGCAACUUCCAGUGAGAUAGACACAUCUUUACUCAUCAAUUUGCUUAAGAGGACUCCUGAAAUCUCUGAUGAUCUGGGGAGAAAUGCAAGGGAAAUGGUUUCCUUGAGAGUUUUAGAGAGCUUAUUUGUUCAGAAAAACUCAGAUGCAAAUAGUGUUGCUUCAGUUCCAGGUGAGAAAGUUGAACUUGAUCCGUCAAGGGACUGUGAAGAUGUCCUUCGCUGCAUAUUGUUGGAGGUGUCUGCAUCAAAUCUAAAAACAGCUACGCCAGAUAUGUUAAAGUGGGAUGUUCUCUCAUUCAUUAUGAAAAAGAGAUCUAUCUUGCCGAAGUGUCACUUGCAACAAUUUAAAGAUGCCAUUGUGAAAUCGACGAAUCCUUUUUCCACUUCCUUGAAAGAAAGAAGUGGAUUGGAGUUGGGGAACCACUACAGAGACAGUGUUACUGCUGAUGCUAUUGAUUGUGAUGGCUUUAACGAGGGACAUGAAAUAGGAGGUGUGAAUACCCGACGUUCUGCACCAACUGAGUACUUGGAUACUUCAACACAGGGCAACAAGAAUGGCCUGCAAGAAAAUCAGCCUGGAAGCACUCUGCUGCCGGUUAAGAGAAGUUUUAAUGCCCCUAGUGCUUAUGAAGCCACACCAGAGAAAAGUUCUGAUCCAUGUGCAAAGGCUGCCAAAAAGUUUAAGCAGGAUGUUGCUGGUCCCAUUCAGAACACUGUUCCUGAUUUGAUAUCGUCUCAAAGAGAUGGAGUCCCAGCAGAAUCAUGUGGAGGAAGUCAAUCUAUUGUUCAAAAAAGGAACUCGGAAGAUGAUGGUACCCUCAAAGCAAAUGGAUGCCUGAAGGAUGGUAAAGCAAAGCAUGCUGCAUCAGCAAGUGUUUUAUGUGGCAUUGACUCUAGUAUCAAGGAUCGGUUGCCUCAAAGAAUGAGUUCAGACAAGAAGUUCCAAAGUAUUGAAAGUAGCAGCAAUUGUUGUGCUGAACUGGGAACAUCAAGUGACUCAUCCCUGCGUGUGAUUCAGCAGGAUUCUCGCACUUGUGGCUCCAAAGGUGACAUGGAUUAUAAUCUUCCACAAGAUCUGCAAAAUGGCGAACCUUCUAAUGCAGACAAAGAGAAUAUCGAGCAAAGUCGUGAAUCUGAGUUCUCUGGUGAUACUGAUAAGUAUCACAAUGAGAGUACUGAUCUUGCUUCACAGAAAAAUGAUUUCUUGAACUUGCAAUACGCUCAGGGUGAAGAUUCUUUGGCAACUGUUGGCUGUACAGAGCUUAAUAUUUGUGUGAAGUGUCAUGAGGGGGGGAACUUAUUAGUUUGUAGUUCUGAGACUUGCUCUUUGGUGGUUCAUGAGAGUUGCUUGGGUUCUGUAUUCAACUUUUAUUACAAAGGAAGCUUCUAUUGCCCCUUUUGUACAUAUUCUCGAGUCAUUUCUGAGAACCUGGAAGGUAAGAAGAAGGCCUCACUUGCUAAGAAUGAUUUGACUGCAUUUAUUGGCUUGGGAGCUGGACAACAAUCAAAGAAGUCACUACCUAGGUCACAAGGAAUGAAGAAGCAUCAAUAUCAAGAGGAUACAAUUGUACAGUUGUGCCGCAAUGUAAAGGGUAAGAAUUCAUUGAAUGAGAAUAGAAACAAAAAUUCUUUAGAGAAGGAUGGAGAAGCAAGAAGUCGUCCAGUCACUACAAAUUCAAUGCGUGCCAAAGUCACGCAGAUCCAUCCACCUCAACCACAUGUUCCUCAUGAACAUGUGUGCCAAGAAAAUUCUGAAGAAGAACAAGAUGAGAUAGGUUCCAGAUACCAUGUACAAUCUAGGAAUCAAGUAAACAAUCCCUGUCCCUGGAUUCCUAAACUGAGGAGGAAGAACCUCCCAUGGACAAAAAUGGAGGAGAAAACAUUAAAGGAGGGAUUUCUACGAUUCUCAGAUUGUGGUGAUAGAUGGAAGAGGAUUUUGGCAUUUGGAGGUGAUGUUUUCCUGAAAGCUCGGACAUCCGGGGACCUCAAAGAUAAGUGGAGAAACAUUAGCAGAGCAAGCAAGAAAGCAACAUAAAGGAUUUUGGCUUGUGGGUCUGUUGAUUUGGAAUCACCGUGGAAGAGGAGAAUGCAGAGACUAUUGCAACAGUUCAAGAUGCUGCUAACUUGAUUGAGGAUCUUGUUCUCCUACAAAUA